GAGCAAUCCUUUUCCAUCGACUCCGUUCCAGCGGAGAAUCCAGUCUUCCGGGUUUCUCUCGCUGCCGCGGCGCCUGGGCUCCAGAUCUUCCCUUCCGCGAUUCCACUCCGGGCUUCCCUGCUCGCUCGUCAGGCUCCGGUUUCAGCCCCGGCGCUGCUACAGGGACCCCCAAGAUGGAAACGCAGGGGCUGCCUGCCGCCCUGGAGCCCGGCGCCGGGCAAAAUGGCGGCGAGGGAGGCCUGGCGGGCGACGGGGCCCAGUCUCCUUCCUCCUCCUCGGGGCCUCCUCCGCGGCAAGCGGCGCCGGGAAGCUGGGGCCUGGACGUGGCCUUCCCUGUUCUCUUGUUACUGGAAGGGAAGAAGGUGCCGGAGCCGCCUCCGCAGCCGCCAUUGCCGUUGCCGGCUUUGCCUCAGCCGCCUGCGGAGGCGGGAGAAGAAGGCCUCGGCCCACCUCCGGACAACGACGGCCUGCUCCUGGUGGUCAACUUAGUGCGGGACGCGGCCUCGAGGGACGCUCCUAGGCCCGAGCCUCCCGCCGAGGAAGACAAAGGCGAGGAGGAGGAAGGGGAGAAGGAGAAGGAGCCGUCCUUCUCGGGGACGCUCACCAUCAACAACCAGAGCCUCCUGGUACGCUUCGAGAACGGCCUCCUCAGCUUGGGAGGCCCCGCCGCGCAUGCGCAGGCCUCGCCGGCCCCUUCACGAGCUGCGGCCUCGUCGUCGUAUCCCUGCCCGGAGCCGCGCUGCGAUGAGGCCUUCUCCCGCAAGCAGCUCCUGCGCCUGCACCGCUUGUCGGCCCAUGGAGGCGGAGGAGGGGAAGAGGAGGCGGCUUCCUCGGCCCCGGCGCCCCCGCCUCGGCCUUUCAGCUGCCCGGUGCCCGGCUGCGCCUGGGCCUUCGCCACGGCCUACAAGCUCCGGCGGCACCUGCACUCCCACGACAAGCUGCGGCCCUUCGCCUGCCCGGCCCCCGGCUGCACCAAGCGCUUCACCACCGUCUACAACCUGCGGGCGCACGGGCGGGCCCACGAGGCCGAGGCGGCGGCCCACAAGUGCGAGGCCUGCGGGCAGCGCUUCCCCACCGGCGCCCGCCUCGCCGCCCACCGCCGGCGCAGCCACCUCCAGCCCCCCAGGCCCUACCGAUGCGAGUUCCCCGGUUGUGAGAGGACCUUCAUAACAGUGAGUGCAUUAUUUUCUCAUAAUCGAGUCCACUUCAGGGAACAAGAACUGUUUUCCUGCUCAUUCCCGGGCUGUAACAAACAGUAUGACAAAGCCUGCCGACUAAAAAUCCACAUGAGAAGUCAUACAGGUGAAAGACCUUUUAUCUGUGACUUUGAAGGUUGUGGCUGGUCCUUCACCAGCAUGUCGAAGCUAUUGAGACACAAAAGGAAACACGAAGAUGACAGGAGAUUUACAUGUUCUGUAGAAGGCUGUGGAAAGUCGUUCACAAGAGCUGAACACUUGAAAGGCCAUAGUAUAACUCAUCUUGGUACAAAGCCGUUCGAAUGCCCAGUAGAAGGCUGUUGUGCAAAGUUCUCAGCACGCAGUAGUCUGUACAUUCACUCCAAAAAACACCUUCAAGACGUGGACUCAUUGAAGACUCGUUGCCCUGUUUCAAGCUGCAAUAAACUAUUCACAUCCAAGCAUAGUAUGAAAACUCACAUGAUCAAACAGCACAACUUUAGUACAGAUCUCUUAAAUCAGAUGGAAACUUUUGGUUCACUUACACCUAGCAGUGAACUUGCCAAUUCAGGACAAAGUGACCUCAGCAAUGUAGAUCUUGUGUCCCUCUUUUCCAAUGUGUCUGGGAACACUUCCGGAAUUUCAACUGAUAUGGCUUUGAUAAACUCUGGAAUUCUAACUAUAGAUGUUGCCUCUGUUGGAGCCACACUCGGAGGCAAUCUUUCUGUUGGUAGCAAUCCUCUUGGUCAGACGGUUGACCCGCUGAUUCUAGUGGCUGGCAAUGACAUUCCAAACAGCCUGGAUAGCUCUCUUCUGUUGGGAACCACCACCACUGUUUUACAGCAAAGCACUUUAAGUUUAGAUGAUGUACAGAAUGUAAAUGCAGAAGCCCUAGGCCCCUUGGCUUCUUUGUCAGCAAAGAGUUCCAGUCAAGACCUGCAUGGCUUACCUUCCAGCAAUAAUCUCUCCGUAGACACAACCACUUUAACUCCGUCUAAUAGUCUCAGCGGAAACAGCGGAUCUGAUUUAUUGGCUCCAAGUAGAUCGGAACAGACUUUGCUUCCUAGCCUGGAUGUUGUGGGGCAGCAAGAAGGCAGUAAAGUAGUGACUCAGUUUGUGUUCUCCAACCCUCCAGGAAGUUACAGUGCACAGAAAGAAACUGAUCUGAGCACCGUGACUGGCAGCUCCUUUCUGGAGAGUGGUGGGUCUGCAAGAACAGAUUAUCGGGCCAUUCAGCUUGCUAAGAAAAGAAAACAGAAAGGAAGUGAGAACGACAUUGGAAUCCCUAACAGUGGCAUAAGAAAAGGCAAAAGUGAUAAAGUUAGUUCUUGUAGCCAUGGGAGUCGGCUAUGCAACAGUGUUUUACCAAAUGGAAGUCUGACUGUGAGAGAUGCAUCAGCUGGUACACAAUUUGUUCAGAUUCAGCUGCUUCAGGAUGAUUCCCCGGGAGAGGGAGAUCUCCCUUUCCAGCUCAGUGCUCAGUCCUCUUCACAUUCUCAGCUGACAGUGGACUUACCUGUCUAUAUCCUUCAGGAGACACACAAUUCUGCUGAAGAGGAUGCCAGUUCUGACAAUUCUCAGUUUACAGGAAGCACCAUUAAUCUACAAGACCUUGAAUGAAUGCGUUGGGGAAAGAGAUUCAGUUAUUCGCAUGAAGCAAAAUCUUGAGAAAUAGACUUGUUUUUGCAUCGAUGGAGAGAAGUGGCAAACUGGGAGCAUGCACACAGCGGUGCUACCUUGCGGCUUGCUUGAUGGUUACUGUGCAAUGAAAAAUUGUUCAGCAAUUUUUAUUUGAUUGGAUUCUUGGAGAUCUUGAUAUACUACUCUGUUUUGUAGUCAGAACAAAUACCUACAGGAGAGUGUUUAGGUUAUGCGGUGGAUGACUUGGAAUGCUGUCUUGGAGUGAACAUACUGUGAUGAUAUUCCCUACCAAAUGAACAGUUAUGCUUGGCACUUUUUUAUGUUCAAAAGAAGCAGGCAAUGAGACGUUUCCUUAAUUCAGUUUGGGACUAAAAGGGUAGCAUGGUGGUGAAGACUAUUUAAAAUCAGGGGUAAGGAAAGUAUUGCCCGUGAGGUGCAAGUAGCCCAAGGGGCCAUUUUUUGAGGACCCCAUGGGUAAAAAUAAAUGGCCCAUUUUUGCUUUAGAAUGCCUCCAAAUGUGCUUUAGGAAACAUAGAGGAUGUUCACACCACCUUUAGAGGCCCAUUGGGCCCAUAGGAGUCCAAAUGAGUUUUGCAAAAUAUAAAGUACCUUUUUUACCUGGAAUUGCUCCAGAAUCCAUUAAGAGGGCAUGGAGUGCGUUUCCACCAGAUUUUGUGGGCCAGUUUAAUCCCAGGGCAAGCCUUUUGAAAUGCAGACAGGACAAAAAUUCCCAUGCCCCCUAGAAGCAGUUGGCAUUUUCAUUCCUUUUUUGGCAAGAGCAGGUACAGCUCUGCAAGGUUUCCUAAGGGGCUAAUGUGGUGAUUCCCUACUUUUCCGCAGUUGCUUACCCUGACUUAAAUGUUUCACCAUAAACUGACAGUUCUCUGAUAAUGUUGAAUGCAGCUCCAGGGAAUCAGAGACAGAAGAAAUAGUACAGUACUCGGGAGUAGCAGGCGGUGACGAAGAACAGUGUAUUUCUUGCUCUUACUAUAUUGGUCGUAUUGCAUUAUGCAUUGUCCGUUAGGAGGCCGCCUGCCAGAUUUUAAUUCUUACAACUGUUGAUCAAGUUUACAGUAAUACAAGCCAGUAUUGCAAUUUCUUUUUAAGAUGUCACUUUAAUUAUGUGUAGUCCAAUCAGAUCUAUGUUUGGUCGGAAACAAAUCUUGCUGAGUUCAGUAGGAUUUAAUACAAGUAUUCAAAAAGUUGUAUCCUUUGCAUGUUGGCCAUUUACACAGACACUUUGCUUACGCCAAAGCACAUGUAACUAGUUUUCAUAGUAAGUAAUAAACAGGUAAGUAACUUGUUGACUGAUAAGUGCAUCUUUAAAAAGAAAUCUGCCAUUUUAUUGUAGGCAUUUGGAAGAUAAUUGUAUGGACUUAAAAGAGCAAAGUUUAAAAUUUCAUCUAGAACAAAAAAGAUCUCAAUAUUUGACAACAAAUCUGGAAGCUGGAACUGUAGCCACCUGGCUUUAAGUCAUACAUAUUUAGGUUGAAAAGCUGUGUGUGUGUGUGUAUGCAUUUCUUUUCCUUUUGAUUGUGAGUGCAAAUGCAUUUCUAUAUAUUUUUUAAGAAAAACAAGAUUUCCUAAAGAAGAAGUCUUGUCAUCUUAACCUUGCUUAUAUUUAUUUGCAAUAAUGCACUGAAAUGAUAUAUGUCGAUUAGAAAUAACAGUGGUGUGGAUGUCACCAGUUCCCUGGAGUCCCCCCCCCCCCUUCAAACUCCUAUAUUCAGAAGUUCAUCACCAGUAAUGAAUGGAUUUCUCUCUUGCCAUCUGAACUUUCCUGACACCAGUAGAUAAGAGGAGGCUGGUUAAUUGUAUUGUAUUGGGCUAUUGCCAGAAAGGUCUCUUGUCCUUCCUAGGGAUUCUAGGAGACUUGGGGUCUUAGUUGACACCAGUUACUUGGUUCUCAUGUCAAUUCUGUUUUAUGUCAUCAAGAGCCUGAUGUGGCUAAAGUGGCCUCGAAAACAACUGCUUCCCAAUCUUUCCAUAUUGGACCACUAAUCAUUUUCACUUUAGCCAAAUGGAAACUGGAGGGGGCAACCGAUCCAUAAUUUGGAAUUAGGUAUGUCCUAAUUACUUACUGUGCCUUUUCCAUGUCCAAAAAAAAAUGAAUCUAUUUGAAAACUUUUUGUAGGGAUUAUUUACCUUGCAUUUUAAUAUUUGGGCAUCAUCCUUCAAAAAGACAUUCUUAACUGGUUUAAUUUUUCAUUCUGUUGCAUUAUACAAAACCUGCCUGACCAUUGUAUUAACCCUUUACUGUACUUCUGCAGUAGCGAAUAUGUACAAUACAUAAUUUUCAUUAUACAAAUCUCCAAGCCAGAAGGAGUUAUGAAACUACUACUGUUUAAAGCCUUUGGCUUUACCCACUUCUACAACACUGAAAUUCAGUUUAAGAGAAAUCGAAAUAUGUAAAAGUAUGCUGUUUCACCUCAAAUUCCUUAAUGAAGUGGUUCACACACUUAUCUUGCCAGUGAUCCUCCGGAGAGCAUGGGCACACCCUGCCCUUCCCUUUAGCAUGAAGCAGGUGGCCCAUUUACACAAUAUUCUCACUGUCCCAAAUCUCUUUUUCAGGGAGACAAAUGUCUCCUUGAUAUCCUUUUCUAUCUGUUCCAUUAUCUUAGACCUGGAAGAGAGGAAGAAUGGGGAGCAUGUAGGCCCCAGGAACAUUUUCAUUUGAUUCCCAACAUUUUGAAGAAAACUUAGUUUGACUUAAAGUGCUUUUGCAUUUUAAUGGAGAUGAGGGGGGGUGAAAACAUGAUAGUUUUGUUGCACACAUCCCCUAAAUGGUACAUUGAAAUACAUUGAAUUAAAACAAAUAUGGGGCUCAAUUGUUCAAGAUAUGGUGAAUUGUGGACUGGUUUGUGGGUAGCAACCCUGCACUUUUAUCAUUGAAAGAAGAUCACUGACUGGUCAAGAGUAUGAACUAGAUCUCUCCUAAGUGGUGCUUCUCUUCUACAGAAUCAUGCCUGCUGAAGAAUAAGAACACUUCUAUGCGACAACAUGUAAAUGUGUUUCUUCUAAAAAGUUUCUUUACUUGGCUUUGUAUGUUACUGUAAAUUUCUAAUGGCUUAAGGGUAAGCAUCAGAUUUAUUCCAGCAAAGUCCAUUGCUGGCAGUGGACAAUUAAAACAUUGCGGAGAUAACAAGGACGAAUAAAAACAACCAAUGUCCAGUUUCACCA